AUGCUUCGCUCACUGUUGCCCUUCGUUUCUGCCUCAGCCUUACUUGCUUCAGUCGUCUCCGCCAUCCCUGUCAAUACACACCAUGCUCGAUCCCCUUCUGCUGAAUGGGAUGAAUGGACAUGCACGGCGGAUAAUAUCCGCACUCGGGUUGACUUCAAUAACAUGGCUCCGGCCGACCGCAAAGCAUACACCGACGCGGUCAAGUGCCUGAUGGCUCAACCCUCUCAACUCGACCAGACACUCUACCCAGCCGCGACCAACAGAUACAUGGACUAUGCUGUGAUCCACGUCAACCGAACACAACACGUGCAUCUUGAUGCCUUCUUCCUCACCUGGCACCGCUACUUCCUGUGGCUCUACGAGUCGGACCUCCAGCAGACAUGCGGCUACACGGGGGCCUUCCCGUACUGGAACUUCGCCGAGACAGCCAACGACCCUCACAGCUACCCUAUCUUCGAUGGCUCAGACUACUCCAUGUCCGGCGACGGGCUGUACAACAACACCGGCCCAAUCGUGCUCGGGGCCGAACUCACCAUCCCGCACGGCACAGGCGGUGGGUGCGUGACCACGGGGCCUUUCGCCAACAUGAUCGCGCCCCUCAAGUUCAUCGAUCCCACCGCACUCACAACAGGGACACUCCCGGACGACGCCUUCGCAUACAACCCGGUGUGCCUCAUGCGAGAUCUCAACGCAUAUGUGUCCCAGACGUACACAAACUCGGCGCAGCUCGUGGCCGCCGCCCACGCGACCAACGCCAGCAACUUCGAAUACCUCCUCAACGGCGUCAUCGGCAGCUCCAGCCUCGGCAUCCACUCGGGCGCGCACUUCAGCGUCGGCGGGCAGAUGAAUUCGAUCCACGUCUCGGCUCAGGAUCCCAUCUGGUACCCUCUGCAUACCAUGAUCGACAAGGUCUACACGAGCUGGCAGAUCAACUACCCGGAGCUUGCUGACACGCUGGACGGGAGCACCGGCACCGCCCUCAACACGCCGCCCAGCGACGUCGUCACCCUCGACAGCAUCGAGCCAGACUGGGGCUACUUUCAACUCGGUCAGAUCCAAGUCCGCGAUCUGAUCAGUACCACCUCGGGCCCAUUCUGUUAUCAAUACGAUACCGUCAUUUCUUAA